AUGAGCGAGCUGCAGGAGGCGGGGGCACUUGCCUGCUCUUGCCCAGUGCGCAGUGUGUUCAAAUUCUUGCAUCCCAAGGCAUCAGUCGUCGGAGAGAAUGUGGUCGGAAAUAAGAAGUUUGACGAAACUGUUAAAAUGUGGGUGUUUGAAGAGAUGAUAGGCUGUCGGAAACUAUCGGAAAUUAUAAACACACAGCAUGAGAACGUGAGGUACUUGCCUGGGUACAAACUGCCAGAAAACCUGGUUGCGGUGCCUGAGCUGCUGGCCGCAGUAGAAGAUGCAGAUCUUUUAGUGAUAGUUGUCCCUCACCAGUUCAUUGGACAGACCUGUGAUCAGUUGAAAGGUCACGUCAAGCCUUCUGCUAUUGGAAUCUCUCUCAUCAAGAGCGUGGUUGCCAUAGCAGCCGGACUCUGCGACGGACCUGGGCUUGCGGGGGUCAACAUGAAGGCAGCGGUGAUGCGACUGGGGAUGAUGGAGGUGGCGGCCUUUGCGAAGCUGCACUGCAAGAGCUCGGUGCUAUACUCGACCUUCCUGGAGAGCUGGGACCUCAUCGCCUCCUGCUCUGGAGGCUGCAGCAGGAAGAUUGCGGAAGUCUUCACAGUAGCUGGAAAGUCUAUUGAGCAGCUGGAGACUGAGAUGUUGAAUGGGCAAAAGCUACAGGGACUGCAGACUGCUGUACAACUCCAUCACAGUCUGAUGCUGAAGAAUAUGGUUGCCAGAUUCCCCCUCUUCACUGCUGUGUACCAGAUCUGUUAUGAAGGCAAUCCACUACCUCCAGGAUCAUCCUGAACACAAGUAACUGGGGCAACUCUGAGGACCCCUUUCCAGACCCCGCACAGAAGAAGAC